UCCGCGCUGCCGGCCGCGCUCCUGGCGCUCCACGCUGCGGCCGCUCCCAGCAAUGAUUAACCCGGCGGGCCGGCCGGCGCGGGGCCCGGGGCGGAGGCGCGGGACCGGGGCGGGAGGCCCGAGGGCCGCUCAGCUUCCUGCUCUCGCCCAAGUUUCCUCGUAGAGGGCGCAGUGCCGGCCGGGGCCCGCGGCGCGGCGUGGCGCAGGGCGCGGCGCCGGGCGCGCGUGGGCGCGGAGCGGGCCGCCGGGGUCACCAUGAGGACUCUCCGCAGGUUGAAGUUCAUGAGUUCGCCCAGCCUCAGUGACCUGGGCAAGAGAGAGCCGGCCGCCGCCGCCGCGGACGAGCGGGGCACGCAGCAGCGCCGGGCCUGCGCCAACGCCACCUGGAACAGCAUCCACAACGGGGUCAUUGCUGUCUUCCAGCGCAAGGGGCUGCCCGACCAGGAGCUUUUCAGCCUCAACGAAGGCGUCCGGCAGCUGCUGAAGACGGAGCUGGGGUCCUUCUUCACGGAGUAUCUGCAGAACCAGCUGCUGACGAAAGGCAUGGUGAUCCUGCGGGACAAGAUCCGCUUCUAUGAGGGCCCUGCGCCGAGUUCAAGCCCCAGGAACGUUUCUGAGCACGUUCCGUGCACCAGGCACCGGGCACGUGCUUCCUCUGUGCCGGACUGUCCUGAGUGUUUUCCGGCUACCGAUCCGUUGGGUCUCCCGACGACCCCGCGAGAGAGCCGUCAUCGCUGCAGCCGCUGCACAAAGAGGGAAACCGAGGCACCCAGGCCUGCUUCCUGGGCCCACGCUGCUGCCUCGGUUCCCACUCUGAUCCUGGAAAGAAGGGGUGCUAGCCCAUUUCGCAGAGCAGGACGCCGAGGCCAGUGGCCUGGUGGGUGCCGGCUGAACUCAGAGCCGCUUGUCCCCUGGUCUUCCUGUACCCCCUGCUUCUAUCGGGCGGAAGCUCCGGGGCAGGAGCCCGAGAAGGGCCACCAGAACCAGUCGAGGGGAGGCGGAGACACAGACCGACGGAGGUUUAGGCUGGCUUCCUGGAGGAGGCAGCAAAGGAAGCCAGCCGGGCAGGGCAGUGGGGGUCUGGCGCCGGGCGGAGACGCCCUCCCACGCCCGUCUCCUUACUCGGCACAUUCCAGCGCGCUGUGCCUCCCACCAGCUCCGGACCAGGGGAGCUGGGAUCCUCAGAGAAGAGAAGCUUUGUGCGGCUUAGUGGAGUCGUGCCUGGAGCGGCCGUGUCCGCCAGGCCACCCAGCGGGGGAGUGCCGGCCCCAGCCAGCCUCCCCAGGCCUCGGGGGCAGGCAUGGAGCCCCAGUCCGGGGGCCGCAGGGCCUGGCCUCCAGUUCCCAUCCAGCCCAGCUGGGGACACAGACACGGACCGGAAGGUGGCAAUUCAGUGGGAGGACUGUCAGGGUGAAGGGAAGCUGUGGGGAAGGAAGAGUCCGUUCCCUCUUGGCAAUCAGGGAGGGCUGCACGGAGGUGGUGGUCCUGGAGUCAGGCCUCAAGACGUGGUACGUUCGGGAGGACAUUUGGCCCCUUCAGUACAUAUCGUGGGGACAGCAGCUGAUGCCGCACCCUGAGGGUCAGCCUCUGGAACCCACUCCACCCGCCUCCUGCCCCCACGUGGGUCCCAGGGGAGCUCUUCCUUGAGACCCCUCCCUGUGGCCAGCCAUAUCUUCACCUGUGCCUCUGCUGGAGGGGGAUGGGUGGUCUCACGCAGGGUGGCCCCAGGACCUUGCUGCCUAUCCCCCCGCACUCCCUCCGGCCUCCAGCGAGGCCUUGGACGUCAGCUCCCAAGCGGAGAGAGAAGCAGGAAGUCUGGAGGGACAGCCUGGAGGGGGAGUCCCUCUCCUGGGCCAUUUCUGAGGGUGUGGCUCGGUGGUCUUCGCUGCAGCCAGGAGAGUCCCCUCAGCGGGCAGGCACGUGAGACCUCCCCAGAGGGCCGCAGGGUCUCCUGCAGGCUCCAGGCCCCGUGUGUAUGAGGACAUUCGUGACACCCGCCCUACGGAGGGUCACGCUGGGGUCCCACAGCAAAGCAGAGCAGGGCCCCAGAGCCGUGCCGCCUGACUCUGCCCACUGGCCACCCCAGCACCCCUAGAUCCCAGUGGAGAACGUGGCCAGUGGGCGAGGCCGUGCUUCCCGGCCCCUCGUGCCCUCGUGGGGCCCGGAGUCUGUGUUUUACGACAUCUGCCUUCCACAGCAUUUCCGCCCCGUGGGCUGGAGGACGGCCCGCGGACGCCGGCCUGGCCGGUGCCCAGAGCCACCCCACGGCCGGCCCAGGGAACUGAGCCGUCUUUCUUCUUGCCCCCAGCGGCGGGGACCUGAAGGGACCUCUGGAGGGCAGGGCUCCGCAGAGCUAGGUGUGGGCCCCCAGGGAGGGUCAGGAGCCGGCCGCCGGCUCGGAGCCUCGGUGCCGGCAGAUUGGCCGUGCACAGAGGCCACGCCACCUCAGCCGGGUGGGCUUUCCUGGGGCUGCCCCCUCCCAGAGCCCUAUGCAGAUUGGGGGGCUUUAUGGGCGGGGGAGGGGUGGGGCCCAGAAACCAGAGAAGGUAAGGAGGAGCAGCAAAGGCCCCUGUCCAGCCCCCUGGCUGCCGUGGAAGCGUCCAGACAGCCCCACGUGAGCAGUGCGGUCUGGAAAAACAGCCAGCAUGUGGCGCUUAGCCCUCCCGCCCAGAGACACCCCCACACCUCGUUUCUCCGCAGCCGGUCUCCAGUCUGGCUCCCAGGGGGUUGGGGGGUGGGUCCCACCAGGCAGAGGCUUUGGUGACACGUCCCGGGGCCUGUUUGUCUGAGACCCCGCAGCCAUUCAUUCUCGCUUUCCGUCCAGUCCAGGCAGGGGGGCUGAGGGCUCAGCGCUUUGCACUUGCUGGGGGAGCCCAGAGCCGGCUUGGGGACACCUCUGUCCUCAGCCUCAGGGGCUGUCCUCCCCGAGGAUGGAUGCUCCUUCCCCGGGGCUGGCGGAAGUGCCCAGAGCUUGACCACAUGCCUCCUUUCCACCCCGGGGAUGUCGGUCAGCCUGGCCAAACCAUCCUCCUAAAUCAGCUUGGAUGGCACCUCCUCCAGGAAGCCCUCCCUGCCUGGUUCUCUCCACUUCCUCUCCUGCCUGGGGCAUGUUGCUGCUCUUGGAUAUGGUCUCCCUGGCUCCCCGGAUCCCACCUCAGGCAGCCCGGGGUGGCAGGGACCCGUGGCCUGAAUCUCUUGGAGACUCCAACUCUUUGCCCGUUGAGGUCACCCCUUCGAUAGAUAGAUGACUGUACUCAUAGCUGCCAUUCAGGGUCCUGCUUCCAUGUCCUGUGAUGAGUCUGGGGACCUUUGAGGCUCCUCUGGAUGCCCAGUGCGGGCUCUGGAAACACCUGCAUGGGUGGAUGGAUCCCCCACCUGCUUGAGGGUCACUGUGGGAAUCGCAAAGGACCGUGAUGUGCGCUACGGCUCCUGUGGCGGGGGCGGGGGGGUCCUGUGUGGGCCUGGGGUGUGACGAGGGACCAGGAACCAACAGGCAGCACUAACCAGCACUUUCUCCGCCCCAGGCCCCGUUUCAGCCCAUCUCAUCCCUGUAGCCCUGGGAGGUGGCCCUUUCACUGUCCCGUUUUAUUAGUGGGGGGCUGAACGGCGGACUCCGGGCCACGGAGCUGCUGAGUGCUCUG